UCCUCCUCCCAAUACUCCCGCUGUGUUUUUACGAGGCCAGGAAAACAGAACGAGGAAGUGGUGACGCAUUGGUCCCCCACAAAUACCACCAGAAGCUAUCACGACUCUGUUGGCCAGUCAGCUUGGGAGAGGACCAGACCGGAAAUGGCAGUUUCUAUGGUAACCCCAGAGCGGGUUGCCUGGGAGAUGACCCCCUUUGGUCUCUUUGAAUCUCUGCGGUAGCUUCACCUCAAGACACAUCUAACAUCUUUGCCUGUCUCCUGCCAUGAUUCCAGGGAAAUACCGCUCUGUUUCUGGCCGGUCUGCAAACAACGUGAAUUGUGGGCUUCAUCUUGUUAUUCAAACAUCAUCACUUCCUGAAAAAAACAAGGUUGAAUUCAAAUUUAACAGAGAUUCACCAUCAUUUCCUGGUAGACUCUUACAACAUGACCUUGAAAGAAACUACUCAAGUAGGCAAGGAGAUGGAAGAGUAAUAAGCCCUUCGCCUCGUAAUAAAUCAUCAUGCAUCUCAUCCACAACAAACCUGACAGAACUAUAUGGGCUGGAAAUGAAAGCUGCCACAAGCUCCUUAUCAGCAUUUGGAGAUUCUUCCAUUCAGACACCUUCCAAGUCCAGAAUCCGGCAGGGCUGUCAUAGUGCUGGCCCAAAUAUAUCUGGUGAUCAUAUUAAUUUGGUGAGCUCAUCAAUGCCAUCAUUUCCUAUUCUUCAGCGUUCUUCUGAAGAGAAAAUUCUUUACUCAGACAGGUUGACCCUAGAAAGGCAAAAGCUGACCGUAUGCCCUAUCAUCGAUGGAGAAGAACAUCUUCGCUUGUUGAACUUUCAACACAAUUUUAUAACUCGGAUCCAAAAUAUUUCUAAUCUGCAGAGGUUAAUAUUUUUGGAUUUGUAUGAUAAUCAGAUUGAAGAAAUUAGCGGGCUUUCUACUCUGAGAUCCCUCCGUGUGCUUCUGUUGGGGAAAAACAGAAUCAAGAAAAUCUCAAAUCUGGAAAAUCUAAUUAACUUAGAUGUCUUGGAUCUUCAUGGAAAUCAGAUUACCAAAAUUGAAAAUGUCAAUCAUUUGUGUGAUUUGAGAGUUUUAAAUCUUGCCAGGAACCUUUUAAGUCAUGUUGAUAAUCUUAAUGGGCUGGAUUCACUAACUGAACUUAACCUGCGACACAAUCAAAUCACUUUUGUGAGAGAUGUGGAUAAUUUGCCCAGCCUCCAGCGUCUGUUUCUCAGCUUCAACAAUAUAUCUAGUUUUGACAGUGUUUCCUGCCUUGCUGACUCGACUUCCCUCUCAGACAUCACUUUUGAUGGCAACCCAAUAGCUCAAGAGUCAUGGUACAAACACACCGUGCUCCAGAAUAUGACGCAGCUGCGCCAGCUGGAUAUGAAGAGAGUCACGGAAGAAGAAAGACGUAUGGCAUCUGUUGUAGCCAAAAAAGAGGAAGAGAAGAAGCGGGAAAGUCAGAAGCAGAGUUUGCUUAAGGAGAAGAAAAGGUUAACAAUUAACAACGUAGCUCGACACUGGGACUUGCAACAACGAGUAGCCAACAAUGCUACAAAUCAAGAUCGCAAAGACUCUGCCUCUCCCCCUCAGGACCCCUGCCAGACGGAGGGAAGCACCACCUCUCCAUUUCCGGAGGACACAGGGGCUGUCGACUCAGGAAUCACCAGUGCUUUACAAGGCUUGUCUGUCAUAGACACACACCUCGUUGAAGUGGAUGGGGACACUCUCUCCCUAUAUGGCUCAGGGGCCCUAGAAUCUUUGGACCGGAACUGGAGUGUUCAGACGGCAGGGAUGAUCACAACAGUCUCCUUCACCUUCAUAGAAUUCGAUGAAAUUGUCCAAGUGCUUCCCAAAUUGAAGAUUAAAUUUCCUAAUUCUCUGCACCUUAAAUUCAAGGAGACAAAUCUUGUGAUGCUACAGCAGUUUAAUGCACUAGCACAACUUCGUCGUAUGGACCAGUUGACAGUCGAUCCUCAAGGAAAUCCAGUUGUCAAUUUUACACUCUGGAAAUACUAUGUACUGUUUAGGCUGAGCCACUUUAGUAUGCAGAAAAUAAAUGGAACAGAGGUGACCCAGAACGAUAUGAUAAUGGCUGAAAGGCUCUUUGGGAUCCUGGCACAUGUAGCGUCCUCCGAGUUACCUCAGUAUCGUCUGAUUUCAAUUCUAGGGGAUGCCAGGAAAAAGCAAUUCCGGUAUCUACUAGAAACCAAAGGGAAAAAACCUGGUAUUGUCAAUGAGGAAAAUAAUGACAGCAAAAGACUUGUAGGAGAAAACACAAAUCGUGCUACACUAAAUUAUACCACAAGGGAAUUUUAUAAUGAAAAGUUAGAGGAUAUAAAAGAAAAAAAGAAAUUCUGCAAGAUGUACAUAGAGGACCUUAUGAAGGAAGCCACAGAAGUCAAUAUGAAGAAUGAAGCUCUGCAGAAACUUUGGCCGCAGAUGUUCAUUGAACUUGUGAGGGACGCGGUCAUAGAAAUCCGCAAUAAGAACUCCUACAUGAAGCUCUGCCUGCAGCAGAUAACGGACCAAAAAUAGAGAUGGCUCUUUGUUGUAGUCAAUUUUGGCAGUUUUAUUUUUCAAGGUUGAAAAUAGGCAGGUUAAGCCUGUUAAAACAACGACAACGCUAUCCUACAAACUAGAAAGAGUAGCGGCAAAGCAUUCCUGCCUACUGUCCCAAAUUUAAAAGUUAAGAAAGAAAGCAGGAGAAAGGGAGGACUCUUUCAUUUCCUGUAUAGCUUAGCCAAGCGACCUCCAGGAACUAAGGAGGCGCGGGUGUGAGGUUGGCAGUGCCUCUGCUGGCUGGUGCCACUGCUGGAGCCCGAAGCACACAGUAUUCGCUGAUGGGUGAGCAUGGGUUGCUUAUACCUACUUUCAGUUGAUAAUUUUCAUGUGUUUGCUUUUUUAUUUAUGUCAUGAUUUCAAAGCCAAAAAUAUGCUCUUUUUUAUGAGUAAAGAAUAAACUGAAUACAUUAGUUUAAAAAA